UAAUAUAUAAAUAUAUUGAAAUAUUCUAUUCACACAAAAUAAAAUUUCUGGUCACGAAUUCAUGGAAUUACGAGAGACCCUGUAAGCUGAUGGUAAGCACGUGUCCAUUGACAGUUCGACGUGGCGUCUGUCUGCAUCAGCUGAUCGCAGCUCUUCGCCUACAUGUCGCACGUUUGUACAUACGCAACGUACAAACGAGAAGUAACGUAGGAACAAAGCAUGCCACUAACACCUGCAUGGCCAAUGGAUUCCGUGGAAGUAAUACGUCAGGACAUUGUCAAAUACCAGCUUCAAGUGAACGCUUUAAUACAAGACAUACAGCAAUGCAGUGGGCCGCAGGAGGUGCUGAACGAGCUCAACGCCGAGGGCAGGGCCAAGAUAGCGGUUUUGAAAUUCUCCAUAGAGCAUCUGGCGUCCCUCGCCGAGACCGAGGCGGACGGGCAGAAGAGGGCCGAGCUGCUGUCCGCCGUGGACAGUCACAAGGAGCAGCUGAACACCUCGUUGGCGGCCUUUCGCAAGGCCAACGUCGUCAGCGCGUGUGUCAUCGACAAGCUGGCGAGGGAGAAUCUGUUCUCCAUGCCGGAGGAGCGACAGAACGCUCUCCGUAGGCGAAACGACAAACGGAGCUUGACGAACGCGUCCAGCCAGGUGACGGACAAGCUGCUAAGCAUCUCCAGGCAUCUGGCCGAAACGACUCAGAGAAGCGCCGACACGCUGGACACUCUGCUAACCUCUUCGGACAAGGUUGGCAGCACCAAGGACGAGUUGGAGCAUCAGCAGCAGGCUAUAGUACAAUCGGGGAAGCUCUUAGGAAAAUACGGUAGACGAGAAGUCACCGACAAAGCGCUGCUCGCGCUGGCAUUCGCCUUUUUUCUUGCCUGCGUAUUUUACAUUCUACAAAAAAGAUUGUUCUGAGCGUGUAUAUAAAAAGUGUUCAAGAUGAUAUCGAAUUGUUCUGCAC